GGUAGUUAUCCAAGAAAUCCUUAAAGGGAUAUUUAGCAAAGUGAAUCUUAUAUCCCAAAGUACUAUUUCCACGAACCUUGUUGGAAUGGAAUCUCGUGUGAAAGAACUAUUGGAUUUGUAUUUAAAAGAAGGGUCAGGCAGUGUUCGCUUUGUAGGGAUUUGCGGGAUGGGUGGAAUGGGUAAAACAACUCUUGCACAAGAAAUUUGUAACAGAAUAUAUUGUAAUUUUGACGCCACCAGAUUUAUUGCUAAUGUUAGAGAAACUAAAAAGCAAGAUCUAGUUUCUUUACAGAAACAACUUCUUUCUAUGGUUCUCAUGGAAAGUGAAAUAAAUAUAUGGAAUGUAAUUGAGGGAAUCAAUGUUAUAGGGAAUAGACUACGCAAUACAAAGGUUCUUAUUGUUCUUGAUGAUGUGGAUGACAUAGAACAACUAGAAGCACUAGCAGGGAAACAUGAGUGGUUUGGUCUUGGGAGUAGAAUUAUUAUAACAAGUAGAGAUAACCAUUUGUUAGGAUGUCAUAGAGUGGAUUGUGUAUAUACAACUAAGAGGUUGAGUGAUGAUGAAGCUUUGGAGCUUUUUAGUUGGAAAGCUUUCAAGGAACCACAUCCUGACGAAAAUUAUAUGGAUUUGUCUAUGGAUUUUGUGAAUUAUGCCCAAGGACUUCCUUUGGCUCUUAAAGUUUUAGGUUCUUCAUUAUUUGGUAAAAGAUUUGAGGUAUGGAGAAGCGCUCGAGAUAACCUAAAACGAGGACCUAAUAGAAACAUUUUGAGUGUACUUAAAAUAAGUUAUGAUGGGCUUAUGGAUAUAGAGAGAGAGUUGUUUUUAGAUAUUGCAUGUUUCUUCAAAGGAGAAAAAAUAGAUUGCAUAAGAGAUAUACUAGAAAGUUUUGGUUACUCUACAGAUUACAAUAUUGAUGUCCUUGUCGACAAAUCUCUCAUAACCAUUGAUGAAGAAGGAAUCUUGUGGAUGCAUGGCUUGCUACAAAAAAUGGGCCAAGAAAUUGUUUGUAGUCAAUCCUUUGAAGAGCCUGGUGGACGUAGUAGAUUGUGGAUGUAUGAGGAUGUCCUUCAUGUAUUGAAGAAAAGUACUGGAACAGAGAGAGUUGAAGUCAUAAUGCUAAAUACGUAUAAUCAAAGAGAGGAAUGCCUGGAUGCUGAUGUCUUCUCAAAGAUGAAAAAAAUGAGAUUGCUUAAAAUUUGUAAUGUGCAACUUCCACAAGGUCUUAAUUACCUUUCUGAUGAGUUACGUGUUAUAGAAUGGCAUGGAUAUCCUUUAAAAUCCAUGCCAACAUGUUUUCAACCAAACAAACUUGUUGAAUUGAGAAUGCAUUGCAGCGGUAUAGAACAACUAUGGAAAGAAAUUAUUAUUUUAAAGAUGUUAAAACUCAUUGACUUGAGUGACUCUCAAAACUUGAUUGAGAUCCCAAACCUCAUUGAAGCAACAAAUCUUAAGCAAUUGAUUCUUCAAGGUUGUAUGAGACUGCCAAAGAUUCAUGAAUCUCUUGGAAAUCUUAAACAACUUAUUCGAUUAGAUCUGAAUGGUUGCAAGAGCCUUGAAAGCCUUCCACACACGAUCAACUUGGAAUCUCUUGAAGUUUUCAUUCUUUCUGGUUGUUCAAGUCUGAAGAAGUUUCCAGAGGUUGUGGGAAAUAUGUCAUGUUUGUUGGAACUUUAUUUGAAUGGGACUGCUAUAAAUGAUCUUCCUUUAUCAAUGAAGCAUUUAACUGGCCUGAUUAAAUUGGACCUAAGAGACUGCAAAAGCCUUUCAAGUCUUCCAAAUGCAUGUUGUAGUUUGAUGUCUCUAAAAGUUCUCACUUUAUCUGGUUGUUCAAAACUUGAUGAGCUGCCAGAGAAUUUGGGGAAUCUCAAAGGAUUGGAAGAGCUAGAUGUAAGUGGAACUGCUAUAAAAGGGCUACCUAAAUCCAUCAAUCUCUUAAAAAAUCUCAGAAUAAUGUCUUUUCAUGGAUGUGAAGGGCCAUCACCUAAAUCUUCAAAUAAACUCCUUGGUUUUCCUUUAAUGUCAAGAAGUGCAGAUCCCAUGGGCAUGCUAGUGCAUAAUUUAUCAGGCUUAUGCUCCUUGAUUGAACUGGAUCUAAGUUAUUGCAAUCUUCAGACAAUUCCCGAUGUUAUUGGCUGUUUGUCGUCUUUAUUAAAAUUAGAUCUAAAGGGAAAUAAUUUUGUUUACCUUCCUAAAAGUAUGGUUCGACUAUCUAAUUUGAAAGUUCUUUAUUUGAUUUGUUGCAUGAGUCUUCGAUCAUUGCCAAAACUUCCAUUAAAUAUUAAGCAUAUUCAUGCAAGAGGGUGUACCUCAUUGGAAACAUUAUCAGUAGGAUUAGAUGAUGAUUUUUGGCCAACACUCUAUCUUCUCAAUUGCAUCAAAUUAAUGGAGAGUCAAGGCUACAAUGACUUGUUGUCGACAAUGCUAAGACGUUAUAUCCUUAAUAACCAGAGAUACUUUGACCAAGAUCGUUUAUCCUAUGGUUUCGAGAUUCCUGGAAGUGAAAUUCCCAAAUGGUUUAGUCACCAAAAUGUGGAGGCUUCAGUGAAUCUGCAUGUGCCUUCGCAUUUAUGUAACAAAUUUAUGGGAAUUGCUGUGUGCGUUGUUUUUGAAUUCUGCCAGCUAUAUCCACUUGACCAACUUUGUAGUUUUGAUGAUUAUGGAUAUUGUAGAGCUACACAAAGGCUUUGGUGUUCCGUUAAAGCCAACGGAUUUGCACCUAAUGGGCUGUACCUUCCUUUAUCGGAAGAAUUUGGCAAUAUUAAAUCAUAUCAGCUUUGGUUGGAAUAUUAUCCCUCUACAUCCCUUGGAGAUGAGUGGAGAAAAGAAUUGAAUCGAGUUGAUGCUAAUGGAUUCAGCCAGAUUGAGGUUACAUUUGAAACCGAAGGUCCAGGAUUGAGGGUUACGAAAUGUGGGGCCCAUUUGGUAUUCGAGCAAGACGUUGAAGAUCUCAAACAAACUAUGGCUGGCAGCUGCAGCAUCACUUCUUAUGAGGAUGAUUUAGAUGAUUUAGGAGAAGGUACUUCUAAUGAAAUAGACAUACCACAGCCAAGGAGGAAAGGACUCCCUAAUCUAAUUCAAAGAUUCAUUCCGCAUUUUGGAUGGUUUGGGAAUUGAAGCACACAAGGACAAGGUAACUUUGAUUGCUAGGAAGAGGAAUGCCAAUGAAGUGGUAGCUUUGGUGAAUCUGCAAGGCUGAUAAACUUUUUCUUUUCCCCUGAUUUUUGUUUGCCCCAUACUGGAUACGAUGAAGUUGGAGUUUGCUGGCUUGGAGAAAUUGUCACAUUGCUAGCAGUGAAGAAGAUAUAUAUAUGGGUAUGCACAAGCCUAUGAUAUACAAGUGGUGGAUCAAAGAAACUGCAGGAGUACUAGCGUCACUGUAUCUAGUUGUGGAGGGAUAGCAGGUGUUACUGAUAGUUGAUGGGCACUGGCAUGGAGAUUUCAAAUGGAUUGGUUUUGUGCCUAUGCAGAAAAAUCAUGUUUCGGCAGGAAUAAUUUUUGCAGUUUGUUGUAGUUCUACCAUUUGCAACUGAAUAGAAGCUCAAUCCCUGACCACAUUCAAAAUGCCUUAACUAAGGCUGAUUGAAGACCACAUGUACAUGCUGUGCUUAGGGGAGUCACUACAAAGGUUAUGGCCCUGACUAUUGCUUCAAAGUAUUAUGAACAUCUUUUGGGGCUAGUAACUUUACUACCAGCCAGCUCUUAUUUCAUUUUUGUAUCAAAAACCCAAAGAAGAGAGAGAGUGAGAGAAGCUGUCUUUACGCCUUUUUUGAACUAAUUUAUGCCUUUGGCAUAUGU